AUGGCGUACGAGCCAGAGAAGCUCUGCUGGUGCAACCCCCGUCGGAAGGCGCCAAGGUGGAUCUCGUGGAGCCGUCAGAACCCAGGCAGGAGGUACUACGCCUGCGUUGAUGCCAUGCAUGGUGGUUGUGGAUUCGUGGAAAGGCAUGAUGAUCCUCUUCCCAAGUUUUGGAGUGAUUUGAUUGGUGAUUUGCGAGAUGAAGUGCGUAGGCUGAGAGGUCAAGGAAGUGCUGCUGUGAUUGAAGAUCCCACUGCAGUUGUGGCUCUGCCUGAAGCUGAAACAGGAGGAAUGGGAAUUGCUAUGUCUCUGCAAGAUCAGUUGAAGCAGAAAAAUGCAGAGAUGCAUGCACUGAAGGGGAAAUAUCAGAAUGUUGUCAUGUUGUUUGUUGUCUUUGUGGUUGGUUUAGUUGCAGGGAAGAUGCUACUGCAAUAAGAUUUGCAAGUGUUAUUUGCAUGCAAUGUAGUAAUGCUUUAGGGUUUAGAAUGAACUGAUC